AUGCAUCUUGUGUUUCUUUGUCUUGUUCUAACGUCGCUGGUAACUGGAGCGACCUGGUCUCCAUCUCCACCUCCUCACCACCACCGAUUUGUCGUCGAAUUCGAUGAAGAACCCGACGGGAACACCAAAGUUUCGAUUUCACAACACGACGACGAUGCCAGGAUCGACGCCGGUGGCUUCGCAGCUGGGUCGAGAGAGCUCUUCGGCAAAUGCAGAUAUAAUCUUGCGAACGUAAUCGAGAAGACGAAAAACGUUGUUUCUGGUAAACGCAUUGAUGUUUCAAGCAAGCUUCAUAAACUCGAAGAGCAGGUGAAAGAAGUAACGGAUGAAGUGGUGAAAGUUGGUGAUCCUAAAGUCAAAUUAUCGGAAAAACUAUCGGAAAAGUUUAAAGCAGUCGGAGAAAAGGCCAAGGAUGUGGCUGGAAUCGUGAAAAAUGCUGUGGGGAAACCACUAGGUCUGUUUACCUUUGGGGAAGGCACAAAAGGAACGCUUAAAGACUCGGUACUUAAAGUGGAACAAUGGGAUCUUGUCGAUUCACCAAAGCGAAUAGGGGAAGAUAUUGGAAGUAACGCUACCCGGAAAGUUGAAGAAGGGGUGGAAGAAGUGAAAGAAACUGUGAAAACUGUACAAGAAAGUAGUUGGAAUGAUCUUCUAACAAGAUCUACCAGUAUGGCGACAGUUUUAAUAGACAAGAUGCAAUCAGUGAUCAGUUGGUGUCACUUAUUAGGGUUCUCGACAGCUUACGGGAUGGGAGUGGCAAUGUCGUAUUGUAUCUGGGCAGCUCUUAUCGGGUAUCUGGUAAGCCUCGGGAGAAAUUUGUUCUUUUUGUCCAACAAGAUGGCGGUAUUUCAAGGAUUCAAUCUCCUCUCUGCGCUUCUUAUGAAUUUGAUCAAUAUGAUGUUUUUGGAGCCUAGAGCAACAAAGAUAAAGAAGAUAAAGGAGGACAGUGGAACAAAAAGUACUGUAUCAUCAGAGAAACUAAAGAAACUGAGCACAUACUCGUCGACGUUGAACUGCUCGACAAUGGUGGUGCUCACAUGGCACCUGGCAUACAUAGGUCAACUAGUUCAAGCUGGACACCCAUGAUCUAUGGCUGCAAGAGAAGGCACUUGUUCUUCAUUUGAUCAUCAGAUCACCAGAUCACUCUGGUCAUCUUUGUUUCUUAAUUUCCUUGUUUUCAGAGAGAGAGAGAGAGAGGGUUGUCAGUGCGAGGAGCUGAUCAGGUUUUAAACGACUGAUCAUCUGGUUUCAUACGUUCAUCAUAUACACAUUGAUGACUAUGUAGAUUAAGUUUAUGAGUUCGAUAUAUAACAUGUCGGGAUGGUUCAUGUUGUCCUUAAGUAUUUCCAACUAUAUAUGAUGAAUUUGGUUACGAUGUUUUAGU